AUGGAUAGUCUUGUGAGGGAGCGAGGGAGCGAGAUUCGAAUCUCGCUCCCCAGCUCCAUCGCUUCAAUGAUUGGAAUACGAAGAAGUUGGCCAACUAGAUUCUUUGGAAGAGUUCGCUUAUAUAACCCAAUCAAAGACUGUAAAACUCUGGAAGAAGCGUCAGUAAAUAAGAGAUUGGCUGUUUCCUCGGGAGUUUUGAAUGUUUUAAACAUUACGACUGUUCAAGACCUUAUUUGUGGUACUUCCCCCUCUACAAAGAAAUCUUUUCUUCGAAAUACGAUCCUUUUUACACUCUGGUAUAUGGAAUUAUCGUCCGAAUUCAUUCUAGUCACCCUUGAGAGGAGUUCGACUAGUAGUCGUGGUGAUACCGUCGUCGGCGCUCAAAUCAUGAAAGUUACACGCAAAUUCGCGUAG